GUCAAAUUCAAACAUUUUCAGAAGAUUUCUUUAAAGAUAACAAGGGAUUAUGUGGAAUGCCCUUGAAGGAAAAUUGCAGUGUUAAUGUAUUGCCACCAUCCGAAGACAAUCAUUUAGAUGAUGGAACCCAUAUUGACUGGAAUUUCCUAAGCAUUGAAUUGGGAUUUGUUUUUGGCUUAGGAAUUGUCAUUCUACCACUUAUGUUAUGCAAGAGAUGGAGGGUGUGGUAUUGCAAACACACUGAUGGUCUUCUUUCCAGGUUCUUCCCUAUAUUAAUAUUGAAUCAAAGAAGUAGAACUCGUGGCACCAAAACACAAUUGAGGAACAAGCAGCGGUGAGGACCAUUGCUAGCAUGAUUCUUAAAACUUUAAUCUAUGUGUAUGCCUACACUUUUCAAUAUCCAACUUAUCCUUGUUACAAAGUCGCAAGUGAUUUAUAUUUUGUUUUGAAGUGAUGUGUUAUAUUAUUAUGUGCUUAUGUUUUGUAGUGAUGUGUUGUAUUAUCAUGUGUUUUGCUAAGGAUAUGUCUGUUAAAA